AUGGUUCAAGAAAGAUUAGACAAUGGAGAGAAGCCUUUAUUCGAUGCCUACAACAUUUUACAUGUUUUUUGUCGUUCACUUCAAUUGGACGUUAUUUAUUGUCAAGCAACUUUAAUCGCUAAAAUCUCUUCACUUUAUAUUCGUGUUGAAGAGUAUAAUACAAAAGAAUGUAAAUUAGUAAUAGCUUAUUGGUUAGAAGGAGGUGGAGGAGGAAGUGGAGGUGGUCAACAACAACAGCAGCAACAACAAAAACAAUUUCGAAGCAAAAAGUGA